AUGAAACUGCAAGUGUCUGGGGACUCCGGUAGCUCCGAUGGCUCCUCUUUUGUAAAUAGUGAUAAACUGCACGUUAACAUUGUGGAAAAUGGAAUAGAGGAUCGGAGUACCGAGCCCAUCAGAGGGAGAGUCAUCAAAUCACGUGACGUGGAUGCCACCCUGAGCUUUCUAAUCGAAAACGAUGCCGACGUACCUGACAUUAGUGAUGAGGAAGAGAAACAUUUGUCGAGAAAAGUAGUUUGGAUAAUCGUACCAUUAUGCGCAUUGGUUGAUUUUGUACUUUAUGCUGAUAAGGCCACUGCAUCGUAUACCUCUAUUUUUGGUAUGUGGGAUGAUACAAAUUUGGACCAAAAUAGGUAUAAUAACUCGACAACAUUAUUUUAUGUGGGAUACAUUUUGGGCCAAGUCAAUUUGAUUUUGCUUCAAAAAUUUCCCGUGGGACGUGUGGUAGCAGUCUUAAGCUUUUUAUGGUCCCUUAUUAUAUUUCUUCAUACUGUGGCCAGCAGUUAUCAAGGCGUGUACACCCUCAGAUUUUUUCUUGGUUUUGUUGAAGCGAUCGCUGUACCUGCUCUCAACGUCACAAUGAGCCAAUUUUUGACUGCAGAUGAAAAAAGCUGGACAGCUCCUUUAUUUUACACUACCUGCUUAGGAAACGAAAUAGUGAUUGGUUUUAUUGCCUUUGGGAUACUGCAUAUAAAGCCAAAAAUUGCUAUUUGGAAGCUAUUUAUGAUUGUAAUUGCAUCCAUAAGUCUUGUCGUUACGGGUUUGGUGUGUCUUUUAUUUCCAGACAACCCCACUAAUGCUAAGUUUCUAAGUUUGAAAGAAAAGGUCUGGGUAAUUAGGAGGGUUCAAAAAACCACAGGAUCGUCAAUUGAACAAAAGGUCAUCAAAAGAUAUCAAAUUGUUGAGGCGUUAAAAGAUCCUAUUUCUUGGCUGUUUUGCGCCUUCUUUUUCUGUAAUCAACUAUCAAACAAUCUUGUAUAUCAAGAGAAGAUAUUGUUCAAACAGCUUGGGGUUUCAACAUUAGGUUCCACUUUGGUUUCAGUAGCAUAUGGUGGCUUCUCUGUUACUUGUGCCAUCCUUGCGUCUAUUAUUAUGGGAAAGAAAAAUAAUGUAACAGCAUAUUCGGUAGUUUUUUGGUCUCUAUUCCCACUAGUUGGCAGUAUUUCAAUGGUUAGUCUUAACUGGGACAGAACUUAUGCACUGCUAGCCAUGAUCUGUCUUUGCGCGCCCAAGGGUAUUGCAUGGAUAUUGAUGUUUAGCUGGACUUCUACAUCAACUUCAGGCUAUACAAAAAAAAUGACUAGAAAUGCGCUGAUAAUGCUUUCAUAUGGAGUGUCCAAUAUAAUUGCACCACAAAUUUGGAGAGCAAAAGAUGGACCCCGAUACUAUCCUGCAUGGAUAAUCCAGAUUAUUUUUGCUUUUUUUUUGGCACCAUUAUCUGCGCUUACCAUUCGCUUUAUCUUGGCCAGAAGAAACAUGAGAAGAGCAAUUUCCCCAAAUGAAGAGGUCAUAGUUGGUGUGAUAGGAGGUAUGAGCAUAGAGUCUUCAUCACUAAUCAAGGGUAACAUCGCUCUUUUGGAUCUGACUGAUCUUGAAAAUGAGAAAUUUGUGUAUCCGCUUUGA